AUGUUUAUCGAUCGAGGAUCCAAAGCAGACUACGAUGCAUGGGGAACUCUCAUCGGAGAUGAUACCUGGAGUUGGGAAGGUCUAUAUCCCUACUUCAUCAAAAGUACGACUUUUACCCCUCCAUUGGAAGAGCUUAAAACACAUUUCGAUAUCAGGAAUAACGCUUCUGGGUAUGGGAAUGGAACUAUUCAAAUCGGUUAUCCCUCUUUCAUCUUCCCCGAUGACAGAAACCAAACUCUAGCCGCGGAAGAUUUUGGAAUCGAGAUAUCGGAUGCACCGGAAUCUGGUGAUGCGAUUGGUUUCUAUUGGGUUCCUCAGACUCUUGAUCCGAAGACCGGGUUUCGUUCGCAUUCGCGUGUCGUUUAUUAUGAUCCUAUUGCUAGUCAAUCCAAUCUCCACCUUAUCCCAGGUCAUUUAGUCGAAAAGAUUCUUUUCGAUGACAGUCUCACUGCUACUGUUCCCAGAAACGUACUCGAAGCUGCGGGAGUGCAAGUGCUUCUCGACGAACCGGCUGUAGGGGCAAAUUUUCAGGAUCAUCUGGUUACGUAUCUCAGCUGGAAUGUUACGAAUCUGGCGUUUCCAAAUGAUGCGACGAUUGCGAUGAAUGCUUCAUAUAAUGCGAGUGCGUGCCAGGAAAUCAUCGACCAAGCUCGCGCUCAAAAUGUGUCAAACUACCUCAACAGCUCGGCGCUUCUCAAAGGGUAUCUAGCCCAACGCGAUAACAUCCUCGAUCAUUUCUCCCGAACCGACGCAGCAGUGAUUGAAAUUCCCAUUGGUACCACAGGACCCGGCGCAGGCGCAGGCGCCGUCGAAAAACCCCUCUCUCCCGAGAACCAUCACACUCUCCCCCUCUUUCCCCUCAUGCCCAAUCAAUCACAAACUACUACGCCUUCUCCUCCCCCACCUACUCCCUCAUUCUCACCUCCUGCACCCGCUACAUCCGCUCUUACUGUUCCUCUCCCCAUCUCUCCUACUCUCCCCACGGAAAAUUUCCCCGGUCUCGCUGCUCACAUAGAUGAAGAGAUUCUCGCAUCGCUUGAUUAG